AUGUGUAUGUGUGUAUGUGUGUAUUGUGUGUGUGUGUCGUGUGUUGUGCGUGUGUGUGUGUGUGUGUAUAUGUGGGACACUGACACGUAACUUUGUCCGUUUCGUUGACGUGACCAGGCAGGACACCUCCACCUGGGGCAGGGAGAGUAGAGAGAGAGCACUAUUCACUCUCUCUCCGACCAAAACCCGUUUUAUUCUGGACAUUUUGUAACAUGGAGGCGAGAGACGCGACUACAGGUGCUCUUGUGGGCAGUGAUGGAGAGGAACAAACCGCAAAGAGGGAUGCAGCUCCUAAAAAAAACAAACCACAGACCAAAAGCAAGAUGGAGACUAUAUUUGGGUUCAGGAGGGAGGACCUGACCUCCUGGAACAGCCUGGUGGCCCUCCUGAACCGCCCCACUGACCCUGCAUCCCUGGGCAUCUUCCGCUGCUUGUUCGGUUUGCUGAUGGUUAUUGACAUCACACAGGAACGUGGCCUCAGUCACCUGGACUACAAGUACCUGGAUGGUGCCCCUGUGUGCCGCUUUCCCCUCUUCAAUUUCCUACAGCCACUGCCACUGGAUUGGAUGUAUCUGGUGUAUGUGGUGAUGUUCCUCGGCUCCUUGGGCAUCAUGCUCGGCUGUUUCUACCGCCUCUCCUGCCUCAUGUUCAUCUCGACGUACUGGUACAUCUUCUUUCUGGACAAAACGGCCUGGAACAAUCACUCGUACCUCUACGGGCUCAUCGGAUUUCAGCUCACACUCAUGAACGGCAACAGAUACUGGUCGAUUGAUGGAUUGCGGAGGCCUUCCAUAAGAAAUGCUCAUGUGCCUUUAUGGAACUACACUGUGUUGAGGACACAGAUAUUUAUUGUGUACUUCAUCGCUGGAAUCAAAAAGUUGGAUGCUGAUUGGGUGGAGGGAUACUCGAUGUCAUACUUGGCACACCAUUGGCUGUUUGAUCCUUUCAAAGUGAUCCUUCCAGUGGAGUUAAUAAACCUGCUCGUGGUGCAUGGAGGCGGUCUUGUUCUGGAUUUGACCGCCGGAUACCUUCUGUUUUUUGAUGCCACGCGACCUUAUGGAUUUUUCUUCGUCUCCUACUUCCACUGUAUGAACUCUCAGCUCUUCAGCAUCGGGAUGUUUUCCUACACAAUGCUGGCCACCAGUCCCCUCUUCUGCUACCCCGACUGGCCAAGAAGAUUCUUUGGCCGUUUCCCAGCAUGGCUCAGCCCAGUCCUGCCGCUCACCUCACCGGACCCUCAGCCGAGUACUUCUUGCGUUUACAGUGAGAUCAACAGCACCAGCACCGAACGCCAGGAGACCCCGCCUGUCGCCAGAGCUCCCAAACUGAGGCUUAAGCACAAGCUGGGAGCCAUUUUUACUAUUCUCUACAUACUUGAACAGUUCUUCCUGCCUUACUCCCACUUCAUCACACAGGGCUACAACAACUGGACUAACGGCUUGUACGGUUACUCGUGGGACAUGAUGGUUCACUCCCGCAGCCAUCAGCAUGUUAAGAUCACCUACAAAGAUGGAAAAACUGGGGAAAUUGGAUAUCUGAACCCAGGGGUGUUCACACAAAGCCGCCGUUGGAAAGACCACGGAGACAUGCUGAAGCAGUAUGCCACCUGUCUCAAUCAGUUCCUGCCCCGCUAUAAUAUCUCUGAUCCUGAAAUCUACUUUGACAUCUGGGUGUCCAUCAAUGAACGCUUCCAGCAAAGGAUCUUUGAUCCCCGUGUGGACGUUGUGAGGGCUGAUUGGUCACCUUUCCGACCAAACACAUGGCUGAUGCCUCUACUGGUGGACCUCUCGCCUUGGAGGAGCAAGUUCCAGGAGAUUGAGGGCAGCUUGGACAAUCAGACUGAGAUUGUCUUUAUCGCUGAUUUCCCAGGUCUCCACUUAGAAAACUUUGUAAGUGAAGAUCUGGGCAACACCAGUAUCCAUGUACUGCAGGGCAAAGUGAACGUUGAGGUAGUGGAGGAGAAAAAGAACUACACUCUUCAGCCUGGUGAGCAGAUAAAGGUGCCUGCUGGGGCUUACCAUAAGGUGUACACGGUGUCUGAAAACCCAUCUUGCUACAUGUACGUCUACGUCAACACCACAGAGGCGGCGCUACAGGAGAACUUCACCAAGCUGUUUGAGCUCCAGGAGCGUGUUCGCAACGGGACAGAAACCGAGCCGCUUCCUCCUGAGCUGCAGCCUCUCGUCGCUGCAGAAGACGAAGAGGUCAACGCCACCGACCCGAUUGUGCUGCUGUUCCUGAAGAGGCAGCGCCGCAUGAAGGAGGUGAAGAAGCGCAGGGAGGCUGGCGUGCUGGAGCGGCUAGAUCGCUUUGCAGUGAAAAAGUACUACACAAUACGGAGGGGAUUCUUGAUGGCAGCCAUUGCUAUGAGAAACCUGGCGGUGGGUCUCCCUCCUCUCGAACAGCUGACAAGAGAAGUUGCCUUCGCCAACAUGAAAGCACCUCAGGCAGAUGGCAACCAGGACGAACGGCUGAAAGAUGAAGUCGGUCAUGGAGAACUUUAAAGCUGCAGUUGGGACCAAGGGUACUCUGGAUCACACAUUUCAAACAGAUGUGUGUGUGUGUUUUGUUACUUCUAGACUGUUACUGGGACAUUGCAGCCCAGGAAUCAAAGGAUUAGAAAUUUUCUAUACUUUUGAAAUAUUGUUUAUAGGGAAUAUACUUCUCUCAUCUUUUAUGCUAACCCUGUAAUGUGAGAAAAAAAAAAUGACUGACAGAAAUACAAAACAGUUGUUAGCUUGUCGAUCAACGACCUUUUCUAGUCACUUUUCUAAUAAAGAGCUGAUGAUGUCAAUAAAUUUCAUGUUAUUUUAAUAAAAACAAAGUUUGUGGAAA